CCAUGAUUUUCAUGUGAGAAGGUAAAAGACCGAAAGCCCAUCCUAACACCUAUAAGAUACCUCGACUUUGUUCGAGCGAGGAGGGAGUAGGAGGAGUAGCCGUGUUUUUCUUCCUUCGUCGGAGAGGAAUCAUCGGUUGUAGGCAUCGAGUACAUGAUGCCUGCCAUGGACUUAAGUAUGGUGGAUCGAGAUAUGGAACCGUUUGUGGAAGUUGACCCUACCGGUCGGUAUGGCCGGUAUGCUGAGCUUCUUGGGGCGGGGGCUGUGAAGAAAGUUUACCGGGCAUUCGACCAAGAAGAAGGAAUUGAGGUGGCAUGGAACCAAGUUAAAUUACGAAACUUUUGUGACGAUGAGGCCAUGAUCAACCGGUUGUAUUCAGAGGUUCGGUUGCUCAGGAACUUGAAAAACAAGAACAUUAUUGCAUUAUACUCAGUUUGGCGGGACAGGGAGAGAAACACGCUGAAUUUUAUCACUGAGGUCUGUACGUCAGGAAAUUUGAGGGAAUAUAGGAAGAAACACAAGCAGGUCUCACUUAAGGCUUUGAAGAAAUGGUCAAGGCAAAUUCUCAAGGGCUUGGACUAUUUGCAUACUCAUGAGCCAUGCGUGAUUCAUAGGGAUCUCAAUUGUAGCAAUAUCUUCAUCAAUGGCAACGUUGGUCAGGUGAAAAUCGGCGAUUUGGGCUUGGCGGCUACCGUUGGUAAAAAUCACUCGGCUCAUUCGUUGCUAGGGACACCAGAAUUCAUGGCGCCUGAGCUGUAUGAUGAGAAUUACACAGAGCUAAUAGAUAUAUAUUCAUUUGGAAUGUGCUUGCUUGAGAUGGUGACUCUCGAGCUACCAUACAGUGAAUGUGACAAUGUCGCGAAGAUAUACAAAAAGGUGACAUCUGGGCUCAGGCCUCAAGCCAUGAACAAAGUGAAGGACCCAGAGGUACAAGCAUUCAUCGAGAAGUGUCUUGCUCGGCCAAGGGCUCGACCCUCGGCUGCUGAUCUCCUGAAAGACCCCUUCUUCGAUGGGAUUCACGAAGAUGAUGACGAAAAUGCAGAUGACUAUAGUAGAAAUUAGCAGGUGAUUAAUGUAAAAAUUCAUUUGGUUAAGAUGUGUUCCUUUCUUUCCCCCUUGGUUUCAUGUUUUACCACUUAAUUUUGAAAGGGUGCAAUGACUUAUGGUUCUUGAAAUGUGAUGUGUCCUAUGAUUUUUAAUUUUGAUUUUAGUUGUUUGAUUUUGGUAAUCUCCCAAGCAUUAGAAAUAGGUGUUGUCUGUAAAUAGAGUGUUGUUUGAUUUGGUAAUCUCCCAAUCCAAGACA